GAAAAUGGUUAGCGUGCGAGCUUUGAGAAAACUUAAAAUCGGCGUCCUCAUCGGCGUCGUCAUCAUCAUCAACCUGCUCUGCCUGUUGUCCAUCUCGCUCCAGAACGUGCUGACCUGGAGGACGCCACAACGGUACUUCAGUGAAGACGAUCACCCUUACUUCUAUUCAACGCGCCCGGGCGGCGUCGGGCCGAACACGACCGUCAACCCGGUGGUCAAGCUGAAGCUGGACACCAUGAAACUGGAGCUCAACGACAGCAGAUUCACCAACGACGCCAUGUUCCCCGCCAAGAGGAUCGGGCGCUACAUCAUGGCGGACGCCGACCGAUGCCGCGGGGUGAAAGAACUGGACAUCAUCAUCAUCGUUCACACGGCCCCGGCUAACAUGGAGAGACGUCAACGGAUUCGGGACACCUUCGGCAACGAGGACCUCUUCGUCCCUUUCCGAGUCCGGACGGCUUUCUUGUUGGGGAAGACCGUCAACCGAACCCUGGAGCGCAUGCUGUGGCUCGAGCACGCGACCUACAACGACACCGUCAUGGGGGAUUUCAUCGACGACUACCACAACCUGUCGCUCAAAGGUGUCAUGGGAUACCGCUGGGUGAGCGAGUAUUGCACCAACUCGAGGUUCGUGCUCAAGAUCGACGAUGACGUCAUGAUCAACAUGUACAAACUGCUGUACUCUUUCCUGAACCACAUGAGUGGCAAGCCGAAGUCCAUCUUUUGCAACUUGUGGCACAAGAACACGAUGCCCAUCUUGCGGCAGGGCAAGUGGAAGGUCGAGCCGCACGUCUUCUCCAAACGGAGCACGUUCCCAUACGACUACUGCAGCGGCUUCGUGGUCAUCAUGACGACCGACCUCAUGGGCCCGAUGUUUGAGGCCGCGAUGACCACCCCGUUUUUCUGGAUAGACGACGUGUAUCUCUUCGGGAUGCUGCCCAGCGUAGUGGGCAGUGUCACGUACUACAACUACGCGCUGGACCGGAACAUGACGCUCAAGCAACAGGACGCGCUCAACUGCACCAGAACUCAAGGACCGAGGUGUCCGAUCUUCGCGUCCCUCGUCAGUGACAAGUUGUUUUGGGGUUACUGGGACCUAAUCAAAGGGAUAUACACGCAGGCCAGCUCUUGGCGAGCUUAG